AUGUCAAUAGAUGGCUGCGCGCCUCAGAACCCCUGUCUCAAUGGCGGUAUCUGUAGCACUUUAGAUGUCUUUGGCUCCUACUCCUGCAACUGCCCACCAGGCUGGACUGGUACAAACUGUAAUCAACUAGUACCUUGUCACGACUGCGAACUUCCGAGAAACAUCACUCAAAUUCUCGAAAGCAUUUCAGAGAGAAAUUUGACGAAUGACGUGGCUCUGGAUGUUUCAGAAAACAUCGCAAGGCUCGUGACUGAGAACAUAUCGGCAGCCGAUGUUAUACUCGUGUCCAAUAUUUCAUCCAGGAUUGCCGAUCUUAACUAUACCGAUACGGAUAUCUUGGAUUAUGUGGCAACGAUUGCAAGCAACAUUGCUGAUGUUGGCAUGGAGAAGCUUCGGGAGGCCGAGGAAGAAGAGGACGCUGUGAGUCAAUUCGUGCUGUCCUUCGAGCGACAGCUGAGCAACGUUCAAUUAGAUGAUGGAGAAUCUAUUAGCAUCACAAGGCCUAACGUGGCAGUACAGAUCCGGAGUGUAGCACCUGAUGACUUCAGCCAAGGUCUGGUCAUAGCGCGAGAUCUCCCCACUUCAAGUACUCAAGAACUGACCGCAUCUCACUUCAGCCUGCACAACGCAACGGAUUUCAAUAGACGGGACCAAAGAAAUAAUACCGCAGCUCAAGUAAGCAUCCCGAAAGAGAUCUUCUCCACUCCUUCAUCAUCGUCUCAAACUUCAACCACCGAAUUCGAUAUGCCCAACAACGAGAGCCACUACCAGAAGCUGGUGUUCAACGUCUACUCCUCGCCAUCCCUUCAUAUAUCCAGGUCAUUACGUAAUAUCAGCGAGAGUCAUGAAGGUUUCAACCGAUCGGCCAAUACGCUUGUUCUGUCUCUCAAGAUUGGAAGGAGAAAGGUGGAGAUGGUAGACGAGUUGAUAAACUUCACCUUCACACCACUCGAGCCUGGUCGCAAUCCAGUAUGUACUUUCUGGGAUGAAGACCUAACAGACUGGUCCUCAGAUGGAUGCAGGCUGCUUUCACAUAGUCUACCGAGUCGCUAUAACGCAGACGAGUCGUCCAAUGCAACUGGUUAUGGUAGAGUCGUGUGCGGAUGCAACCAUCUCACUAGCUUUGCGGUGUUAAUGGACAUAUAUCAUGAGGAGCAUGCAUUGGAACACGUGUAUAGAAACUUAAGUUACAUUGGAUGUGGCAUCUCCAUUGUCAGCUUAAUCAUUACGGUGGGAGCCUAUCUAUCAAACAGAGUUUUGAGGAAGCAACAAAGAUUCAAGAUUCUCAUACUCCUCUGCCUCACUCUCCUCUUACUCUACAUCUCCUUCGUCAUCAUGCUCGUCCUCGACUCGACGCUAGACAAUCGUGAGGUCGCUCCGAUCCCAUGCGCCAUUUUGACGGCCGUCAUCCAUUACUCCCUGCUGUCCUCGAUGGCCUGGAUGGGUGUCGAAGGAUUCAAUGCCUACUUGCACAUCAUCAAGAUCUUUGAUACGUAUAUUCCAAGAUUUAUGCAGAAAGCGACACUUGCUGCUUGUGGUAUCCCUGCAUUGAUCGUCACCGUGACUGGGGCGGUUGCAAGAAAAAAGUACGCCCAUCACGAUCGGUGCUUCCUCAAGUUCUGGUCUCAGAUUGGCGGACUCCUCAUCCCAAUCGGGAUCAUGCUCCUCGUCAACAUCGUCAUCUUCUCCAUGGUCAUCGUCCGGUUGGUCCGAUCAGCUAAUCCUGAAGGUCUAGUGAGGGAAGACAAGAGAGAUGAACGUCGGGAAACCAUCAACCGAGUCCAGAUCGCCAUCUCUAACCUUGUUAUUCUGGGCUUGACUUGGACAGCUGGUUUUCUGCUCUUCAUCGACAAAAUAAGCCAGGUUGCAGAGGGGCUCUUUAUCGCUUUGAACGCGCUUCAGGGCUUCUUCAUAUUCCUUCUCUACUUUGUCCGCAUGCCAUUCUUCCGCAAACAAUUGUGCAAGACCUGCCGAAGUGGCAAGCACGGACGAGAGGUCGCCUCGAGUCAACUUCACAUUAGUGAAACUGCAUCAUCAUCCUCAUCCUCAACAACGAAAUCAACAACCGAGCUGACAUCCAAGCCGACAUCGGGGCCGACAUCGAGGGGAAACGUUGAUGCAGUGGAUGGUGGCGAAGGAGGAAGGUCGAGGAAAGAUACAUCAGGGAAUGGAGCAGCCCUACCGCCGGCUUUCAUCGAAAUGAAUAAUGUCGGUAUAUAGCAUACAUUUGAAAAGGUUACAAGGACCCCAAAAGUUUGACUAUUACUGACAAAUCGGGCACUAUAUAGCUAUCUCUAGUGCUCACAUCCACCACGCAAAGUGCUCAAAGCGCUUAAGACUGUAAUUAAUCGGCAAAUGUAGAUAAAUAUUUUGCGAAAGGACAUAAGUUCCGUUCCGAGGCUCGAACCCACGACCUUCGCAUCUUCGGUCAAGUGCUUAAUCCACUCGACUAGGAUACCUCUACAAAUUAUUCAAAUCUGAUUUCAACAAACUGACAAAAGUCUCAUUUUAUGUUUUUUACAUUUUUAAGGGGGAAUCGUUAGAAGGUACCUGCACUAUACGAUAUUAGAGAACAGUAGAUACUUAUCUUUAUUAUGUUGAAUAAAUCUAGUCAUCUGAUUGUUCGAAAUUGGAGUCGUGAUAUUAGCCAUGCCCGCAAAGAAACGAACUAUGCCCGUCGCCCCUGGUAUUAUAGGCAUAGUUAAUGACAAAGAUGCCCGUUGCCCCGGGUCAUGGGCAUAGUUAAAUUUUGCUGAGAUCCCCAUUGGUUUACGUGUAAAACGUUUCUUUGUGCGAGCACGGAUACCAUACAGUGUGUGUGCGAUUCGCGAAUGAUAGUAAAAUUCAGGCAACUUUCCAGCGAAGAUUAACAGACAGUGUUUCAGAGUAUCUGUGAUGUUUUAACUAAUCUUUACUCUAUAAAAGGAUAAUAAGGCAAGAAUUCUUUGUAGACUAUUUUGUGAAUUCGGUAUAUAAAAGAUAUAUAGACUGCUUUAAUAUUCGAGGCAUGGCUGUUUCUAUACUGGCUCUCGGGGACCUUACAUCCUGCUAUGAACCCUCACCGCGCCUUGACGCGCCUCGGGGUCAUAGCAGGAUGUAACGUCCCCUUGAGCCUUUGUAAACAGUUAUGUCUCUCAUAGCAGUCGAUAUAUCUAUACUAGUGGACAAUGUUCUCGCUUCCUCUUGAUCAGAUUUCAUGACUGAUGUCUUGUCUCGUAUGUUUGUGAAAUUUACGAAAAUUUAUUGCAGUUAGAGGUUUCUUACGGUUUAAAUAAAUCCGCUUUUCCUCCUUAUAUCGACCUAAUUAUUUAUAUUUUUCACCCUCUUUGUAGUUACAUGUCGAAAGAAGGAUAACAAUGCAUCAAAAUUCGCACACACGCGUGCAUUCAAUAUAAUACCCUUUUUCAGUUAAACAGCGCCAACUAGUGUCUCGGUAAUAGUAGUAGUAGACUUUAUUGGAUAACUUGUUUAGCACAGGGCUAAUCUGCCACAAGGUCCAGAUUAAUUCAUUACUUUUAGUUUUAAAUCAUAUUCCACUACGCAUAUUAACAAAGCAUAUUUUUGAUAAAAUUAUACUAAUUUAUAUGGAAGUAAUUGAUCCUGAAUUAUAGUAUUUAUAUUUUUUACCCCUUUGUAGUUAAAAAAAAAACAAACAAUAUGUAUUGAAUGAAGGUUAUUAAAUCCAAUUCAAAAAGUUUCAAAUGUGUACAUUGCAAUAAAUGAUUAUGAAAUGUUCACAAAACGCUGCCAGUUUUGAGACUUUAAUGAUUAAUGAUUAGAAAUUGACUUUAAAAUGUUGUGAUUUUUGCUCUUUGUGCUCAUGUAUGAUGCGUAUUCACAUAAACGGUUCAUCUGGUUGGUGAUGUAACUUGACAAUUAGUUCUUUUUUUCACAAUCAGUGGAAAGGUAAUCUGUUUUGGUUUUAAAGCUUUCACCUCAAGAUAAAAGUUCAAGUUCAAUUUGUAUUUCCACUUUGAAGAAGGAAAAAAGAAAUUAUAUACAAUAAAUAAAUUACAAACUAUAUUUUACAAAGUAUACAAAAUUUAUUAUACGAGAGUACAUGUUAUAGGCUUUGCUUUGGUAUCACACACUUUGUAUUAUGUAGAUAAUGUGUUUUUUGCUGUCUAUUUCUAUUGAAGUAAAAGAUUUGAUUGCAACAUCCAGUAAUGAAUUGUGCAGUUGAAGUAAUUGAUAUCAAAUCAAAUAUUGAUGUACAAUUUCGUUAAUCUGGAAUGCUUCAUCUAA